GAAAACGUCCCUUUCUCAGUAACUUCAAUUUAUUCGGAGAUCAAUCAGAUCGCAUGUCUAACCACGUUCCAACCUGCCCGUUGAAACCUAUGGUCCUCGUUAGCCUGUCAGCCCACUUGCACGUACGGACAUCGCCAUGAAUGGAGCUGGGCAGCCGAGGGUAGCAGGUAUAAGAUGAAGGCCUUCUACGAGAAGAUGGGUUGCUGUCUGCCGUGGGGAUUCCGGUUCGCAUCUUCAAGUUCAAAGCGGGUACCGAUAUCCCAAAAUGCGCUUCUCCCUUUACCUCAGCGCCAUCUUGCCUCUCGCUCAGGGCAUACGCAUCAUUCAGUCCAACGACGAUGGCUGGGCGGAAACCAACGCUCGAACGUUCUUCAAUCGCUUAACCGCUGCCGGUCACGACGUGGUGCUCUCAGGGCCAGCGGAAAACAAGUCAGGAAGCGGCUCGUUGGAUGCUGCACCGACACAAGUCGAUUCCGAUGGGUGUCAAUUCCAGAGCUGCCCGCCUAAAAGCCCUCCUACAGGCGCAAACGCAUCCGAGCCGCGUUUCAACUACGUCAAUUCUUACCCCGUGACUGCCAUGAAGACCGGAAUCGACACCACGGGACCGAACCUCUGGGACGGCGCGAAACCUGAACUAGCAGUCUCUGGACCGAAUGUGGGCGCCAAUCUAGGAGCUGUCGUGCUAUUCUCAGGCACCGUUGGAGCGGCGAUGUAUGCUGCACGAGAGGCAGGAAUUCCCGCGAUCGCUUUCUCCGGUUCAUCUGGUGAUCCAACCGCCUGGAAUGCCCCGACGCCGGCGUAUAGCACGGUCUACGCAGAGCUGGCGAACACAAUCACUUCUGCAGUCGUUGCCUCUGGGACGCCAUACCUUCCGACUGGCAUCUGGCUGAACGUCAACUUUCCCGAGGCUUCUUCCCAAUGCAGUAGCCCAGACCAGUUCAAAUUUGUUCUGACCAAGAUUACCUGGAGGAUCUUUACCCAGGAUACGGAGUGGUGUGGUUCUGAUAGCCUGCCUCUCGAGACCAGUGUCAUUAGUCGCACCGAUGGCUGCUACGUCACCAUCAGCGUAGGAGACACGGAUGGCGUUCUGCCCAAUGCAGAUGCAGAUGCGCAGCGCCAGGUCGCGGAGAAGCUGAAGCCACUCCUUUCUUGUCUGCCGUCGUAGACGGCAAUGGAGGUUGUGUUAGCGGAUAGGGAGGAAAUACCGCACUUCUCCUCAAAAUCUUCAAUCAAGGACUAGGUCAGCCUCAUCUUCACAAAUAAGCG